GAGGAGGAGGAGGGACCUCGAAUAAAAGAUGACCAAACCAGCCUUGCUUUUGGUGAUGAGGUAAAGCUUGCUUUCUAUGUUACACACUCUGCUCAAACCCUCUUCAUGAUUUUCCAAGUUUAUAUGUUAGAGACUCUAAUUAAACAUGUGGUUAUUAGACUGUUGACUAUAUUGAAGAUGAAGAUGGUGACAGUGUUGCUUCUAGUAACGACGAGAUUGAACUUGAAGAGAUUGGAUUUUUUCUCUAAAUUAGCUUUUAUUAUCCCUUGUUAUAGCGUUUAUCUGAUAUAUACUGUUUAUUUACUAGCGUUCGCUACCUGUCGUUGACGAAAACGGAACCAUCCAAUUGGGCAAUCUGGUUACUACUAUGGCUGACCGUGAAGCUGCGCAUGAAGAUGAAACUCAAGAUAUGGAACUGUCGCAACAAGAAGCACAAGUUGAUGAACUGUCUGAACAACAAAGAGCCCAGGAUAGCACACCCAACGAGCAGAAGACAUCUUAUUCGCGUAUCAAGUCGUUGCAAGGUCUACUGAAAGCAUUAUUACGUUCACCGAGUAUACCACGAGACCGAGACGUAGAAGAAGCUCAAAUCACGGAGUUCACACGAAUGAAAAGCCUUGCUGCAUGGGAGGUCGCAGCUGUGCAAAAAAUUGCCAACGCACUUUUACCAUUCACGCCCGACGACGAAACCCGUUGCUUCAUGACAGAGCUUCCAUUCGUAGUCUUAUCAAGUACGAUUCUAUCUGCUAUUGGCUACAAAGACCAUAUUGUCGCUAUUCAUCCUGAUGUUGCACCUCACAAGAUCCACGUGCAGGCAUUGACACCAGCAAUCAUGUACGAGAUUUUGACACCUCACAAUUGUGGACGGGCUCAAGGUCAAUAUCAAGUGCUAGAUGACCAGAACAAUCCCAUCACAUCGCGUGAACGAGCUCGAGAUAACCCCGAUGCUAUGCUAUGGUCCUUCUUCGAUCAGUCUCGUGUUGAAUCACUAGCGGACCGACAUCGCAUGGAAUUCUGUAGUCGCAUUAUCGUACGACCAGACAAGACCGUAUCAAUCGUUGGAAUCAUGAAGGAAGGCUGUGAGCCGUUGGUCUCUGCAUAUGAGGAACGUCAACGAAAGCGACGAAAGAAUGGAGGUCGUUCAGGAGCGUCAGCAACCAUUGGGACGACCGAUAAGACCCUUGAACAGUUACAAGCUGAUGAAGAGCGGGCAACAUCGAGCAUAAAAGAGCUACAAAGAAGACAUGGUGUUCUAAAGAAAAAAUACCAACAAACCGCCAAGGAACGCAAAAUAGCCAAAAAACGUUUUCAGUUUGCAACCAAACAUGAAAGAAUCGAAGCAAGUGCCGCACUAUCGAUACGUGUGCGUGAAAAUCGGCAAGCUAGGCUCGCUAUGCUGCUUAAUCAUCGUGAUUUGAAGAAUGAAAAGAGUCGUAGAUACAAGACCCAGAAGGUAAUAUUAUCCUCUAUGGACUUCUUUAACACAUGUACUGGUUGUUGAUUGAUACGUUCCCAUUAUUGUAGCUUAUCGAGCAGGCGAAAAACAACAAGAAAGACAAUGCCGCUGCAACUACUGUCCCAGCAAUAAUACCGACUGUG